CGAAUACUAUGGAUGUGUAAAAAAAGACUUUACACAUCUUCUACUUUCCAUUCGUAUGGCUGUGGCAUGAAUCAUCUUCUUCUAGUUGAGGGGAUCAAAUACAGUGCAAAGACAUGGAAAUGGUGUAUGUCUCUCGCCCAACGUUGCACCUGUAUGAGCCAGCUCAAGCCGAUUCAUUCCCUUUUCAUCACCCAAGGCCUCCAUCACAAUAAUUACGCCAUAAGCAAACUUCUCGAAUUCUGCUCUCUUUCGGAAUCCGGUGACCUAUCAUACGCGUCUCUUCUCUUCACUCAGAUCGACUAUCCCAAUUCAUUCAUCUACAACAGCCUCAUCCGAGCAUAUUCCCGCAGUUCUCAGCCACAUUUAGCUCUCCGUUACUUUCGUCUUAUGUUAAACGCCCAUGAUAAUGUAUAUCCCGAUCACUUCACUUUCCCUUUCGUUCUCAUUGCCUGUGCCAAUGCUGUUUGCGUUCCUUCAGGACAGCAAAUCCACACCCUUGUGAUAAAAAACGGGUUAGCUUCAUCCGAUAGUCAUAUUCAAACAGCACUGAUUCGAUUUUAUUCUGAAUGCAAGAUGUUGAAAGAUGCUCGCAACAUGUUCGACGAAAUUCCAGACCCAGAUGUUGUCAAGUGCAACAUUCUCAUGACUGGAUGUUUGCAGUCCGGCUUGUCAUCGGAUGCGUUAGCUAUUUAUCAAGAAAUGUUAUUGAAAGGGAAUGAACCAGAUGCAUUCUGCGUCACUACUGCUCUAACAGCUUGUGCUCAUUCAGGUGCGAUUCUUCAAGGAAAACAGAUACAUGAAUACAUUAAACAAAGGACUAAUUUAUCAUCUGAUGCUUUCCUGGGUACUGCACUUGUUGAGAUGUAUUCAAAAUGUGGUUCAAUUGACAUGGCAGUUCAAGUGUUUGAUAAUAUGCCUAAACGAAGUGUCUGUUCAUGGUCAGUCAUUAUUGGAGGUUUUGCACAUCAUGGACAUGCAAGAAAAGCCAUUGAAUGUCUUGAGAAGAUGCAGGUUAUAGAUGGUCUACGACCCGAUGGGGUGGUUCUUCUGGGUGUUCUAACAGCUUGUAAUCACGCAGGACUUGUAAUAGAAGGACAGAGUUUGAUAGAAAAGAUGGAAGUUAAGUAUGGUGUUAGGCCAAAACACGAGCACUACAGUUGUAUGGUGGACAUGCUAUGUAGGGCAGGUUUGCUUGAUGAAGCACUCCGGUUAAUCAGAAGAAUGCCUAUGAAGCCUUUAGCUUCUGUUUGGGGAGCUCUGUUGAGUGGUUGUAGGACAUUGGGGAAUAUAAAAAUGGCUGAGAUUGCUGCAAAAGAGCUCAUCUGUUUAGAAAAUGGUAAUGGAGUAAUGCAAGAAGACAUAGCGUAUGUUCAGUUGUCGAAUAUUUACUUGGCUGCGGGAAAGAGUGAGAAUGCUAGUAAGAUUCGUAAGUUAAUGGGAGAAAAAGGGCAUAAGAAGACACGAGGUUGUAGCGUUAUAGAAAUUGAUGGUCAAAUGAAUGAAUUUGUGUCUGCAGAUGUAUCACAUCCAGAUAGAUCCAACAUUCAUUCAAUACUUCAACUCUUGUAUCAUUGUAUUAUUCCUCAACCUAAUAAGUCUCAAGGGGCUAUCAAUUGAUUUGAUCACUCAUUGUUCUGUUUUAAGUGGUAGAUUCAUACUUCCUAGUUUAUUACAGCUUUCCAAAUCUAUCUGAAAAGCCUUAUUUCGUGAA